AUGGCGCUCUCCCUCUACAUGCAGUACGACUCGGAAUGGAGGCCGGCUUGCGACGUCUGCGAGAACGCGGAUUGCAUUCAGCUGAUUGCCGACCUGCCCGGCAUGGCGCGAGAGAGCGUGAAGGUGAGCAUCGAGGACGGCCUGCUCGUCAUCAGCGGCGAGCGACGACGAUCCUCGAUCGAAGGCCGGUAUCACGCUGCCGAGCGAGGCCAGGGCAAAUUCAAGCAGCUGCUCACCCUGCCCAAGGGCGACUCUGCAGCUCGACCGCCUCGACUACCAGCUCUCGGAGGGAGUGCUGCUGGUGACCAUCCCCAAGAGGCAGUGAGCUGCUGCCGUGCACAUUCAAUCUCGAACCGAAUCGAGAUGUACAGACACUAA